AUGUCUAAGAGGAUGAUUGUGGAUGCCUUGGCUACUAUGGCCAAUGCCUUUGCACAUGAUGCAGACAACCGGUCUGUGGAAAGAGUAGCACAAGAGAACCAAAGGGGUAAUGAAGAUGAGUUAAGGUUCGAGAGAUUCUUGAGGAAUAAACCACCUACUUUUGCUGGAGGAUACGACCUAGAGGGAUCUCAUAAGUGGUUAGAGGAUCUGAGAGAAGAAGCCGACUAUUGGUGGAAUAAUGUAAAUCAAAGACUUGGAGUUGGAGGUGUUGUGGUUACUUGGGCAAUGUUUAAGAGGGAAUUUUUGAUCAAGUAUUUUCCAGCUGAUGUGAAGAAUAGAAAAGUUAUUGAGUUUAUGGAGUUGAAACAAGGUAACAUGUCUGUUGCAGAGUAUUCUGUUAAGUUUCAGUCCUUGUAUAGGUUUGCACCACACUACAACACUAUUGAGGCCGAGCAUGAUAAGUGUGUGAAGUUUGAGAGUGGUCUGAGGCCUGAGAUUAAACAUUUGAUCGGAUUUUCUGAGAUUAGAGACUUUCCAACAUUGGUAAACAAGAGUCGUAUAUGUGAUGAAGAUGGAAGAGCUAGAGCGAACCACUACAAGAUGACUAAUGAAAAAAGAGGCAAGGAUGGGAACCGUUGGAAGCCCUAUGAUAACAAAGGGAAGAAGCAUGCUGAGAAUAAUAGUGGUAAGAAAGACGUGAAAUGUUUCAAAUGUGGAGUUUGGGGGCACAAAGCAGAUGAGUGCAGGAGUCAAGGUUCAAAAUGCUUUAGGUGUGGAAGAUUUGGUCACAAGUCUAAGGAUUGCAAGAACCCAAUCCCUUGUUUCAACUGCAAUGAGGAGGGUUGUAACACCCAAACCCAUUAA